AUCGUUUAUAUGGGAAGUCUUCCAAAAGAAAACGAAAAAUACUCUCCCAAUUCUCAUCAUGUUAGCUUGCUCCAAACUUUAGGCCAUGACAUCGGGAUGAUGGGUGAAAUUUUGGUGAGAAGUUAUUCAAAAAGUUUUAAUGGAUUUGCUGCAAAUCUUACCUCACAAGAGGCAAGAAAGUUGGAAAGUAUGGAAGAAGUUGUCUCCAUCUUUGAAAGUCGUAUUUUUCGUACUCAGACCACAAGAUCAUGGGAUUACCUAGGUUUUUCCAUAGAUGUUCCUCGAAAUCCACGAAUUGAGAGCGACAUCAUAAUUGGCUCAAUUGAUGGAGGUAUCACACCUGAGUCUAAAAGUUUCUCCGACCUAGGCUUAAACAUUAUUCCAAAGAAAUGGAAAGGUGUUUGUUUGGGGGGCACAAAUUUCACUUGCAACAAGAAGCUAAUCGGAGUUAGGCAUUAUGUCGAUAAGGAUGCAAGAGAUAACGACGGUCAUGGGACUCACACGGCUUCCACAGCUGCUGGAAGGCUAGUGCCAAAUGCCAACUUUUUCGGUUUGGGAAAUGGAAUUGCGAGAGGAGCUGUUCCAUCGGCUAGGAUAGCAGCAUACAAAGCGUGUACUUUUGGCAUUUGUCUCGAACAAAAUAUAUUAGCCGCCUUUGAUGAUGCCAUUGCUGAUGGUGUUGACAUUAUCACAAUCUCAUUAGGAGUUGGUUUCCCACAAAUCUUGAGUAAAGAUGCUGUUUCCAUCGGUUCCUUUCAUGCCAUUGAAAAAAAUAUUUUAACCGUACAUUGUGCUGGAAAUAAUGGAAAUGACGGGCUAGGAACCGUGGAGAGUAAUGCGCCUUGGUUAUUAACUGCGGCUGCUAGUAGUAUAGACAGAAAAAUCAUUAACAAACUUAUUCUUGGGAAUCAACGCACACUCCUUAGCCUUGCUGUGAAUGCUUUUCCCACGACUGUAAAGAACAUGAUAUUGGUGCAUGGAGGAACAAUCUCGAAAACAUGUAACCAAUCAAGUGCAAUGCAAUGCGUGGAUGGUUGUGUAGACCCUAAAUUGGUCAAGGGAAAGAUCAUAGUAUGUGAUACUAACGACGAGUCAGGUGCCAUAGAAGUGGUGAUGGAUGCUGGAGCAGCCGGUGUCAUUCUUUCGAAUGGAAAAAUAGACAACGAUAUUUCUUACGUUGUACCAUUGAUGGCCGCAAUUGUAAAUGACUCCGAUUUUCCUUAUGUUAAAUCUUACAUCAACUCCACAAGAUUUCCACAAGCACGCAUAACAAAGAGUGAGAUCAUUCCUCUUCAUGAAGCUCCCGCAGUAGCUGGCUUUUCCGGGAGAGGCCCCAAUAGAAUCUUACCACAAAUUCUAAAGCCUGAUAUAACUGCACCCGGCAUAGAUAUCUUGGCAGCUUAUUCUCCCCUUGGUGAACUUUCAGACUAUACUUCAUUUAGCGACAAAAGAAUCUCAAACUAUACCUUCUUAUCGGGGACUUCCAUGGCAUGUCCUCAUGUUGCCGGUACAGCUGCUUACGUAAAAUCAAUACAUCCUGAUUGGUCUCCUUCAGCUAUAAAAUCCGCUAUUAUGACCACCGCUUCACCGAUGAAUGUACCAUAUAAUUUGGAUGUUGAACUUGGCUACGGAGCUGGUCAAAUUGAUCCCUUGAAGGCCACAAAUCCUGGACUUAUCUACGAGACAUUUAUAAACGAUUAUAUCAACAUGUUUUGUAGUUUAGGAUAUGAAGGAAAUAAGUUGAUACAAAUAUUCAAAUUACAAAGUUGUCCCAAAGGAAACAAAAUAAUUCCAAAGGAUCUCAACUAUCCAUCAAUGGCCACACCAGUGCAACAAAACUCAUCUUUCAUUAUCAAUUUUUCGAGAACAGUGACAAACGUUGGACAUGGUAACUCCACAUAUAAUGCAAACAUCAACAUGGUGGACAAAACAAUCAAUGUAAAAGUAGAGCCGAGUGUUCUCUCUUUUGUUAAGUUGAAUGAGAGAAAAUCAUUUGUGGUAACAGUUAGUGGGAAAUGGUUGAACCAAGAUCAUGUUUCUGGUUCUUUAGUCUGGUCGGAUGGAACUUAUAGAGUAAGAAGUCCUAUUCUACUGUAUCGGGGUUCAAUAAUUUGA